CGGUGCUGACAGCCAGAGGGGCAGGGGGCGGAGAUGUGCUCGACGCCGGGGCUGCCGACGCCCGGGGCCUCGCUGGCUCUGCGGGUGUCCUUCGUGGACGUGCGCCCCGAGGUGAUCCCAGUGCAGCUGUGGGGGCUGGUGGGCGAGCGGCGGGAAGAGUAUGUGCAGCUGAGCAAGGAAAUCCAGGAAGUGGCGGCCACGCGCGGCCCUUGGGCGCUGGGGGGCGCCUCGCCCUCGCCAGGGGAGCUGUGCCUGGUGCAGGUGGGACUCCUGUGGCACCGCUGCCGCGUGGUCAGCCAGCAUGCUCAGGAAAGCCGCGUCUUCCUCCUCGACGAGGGCCGCACCAUCAUGGCUGCUGCAGGCUCCCUGGCGCCCGGGCGCAGUGAGUUCUUCCACCUGCCCUCAGAGGUGCUGGGCUGCGUGCUCGCCGGCCUGGUGCCCGUGGGCUGCGGCGGUGCAGGAGGGGGCGAGCCCCAGCACUGGCCUUCCAGUGCCGUGGACUUCCUCAGCAACCUGCAGGGCAAGGAGGUGCAAGGGCUCGUCUUGGAUGUGCUGCUUCUGCAUCGCCUGGUUCUUCUGGAGAUACCAGAUCUGUUUAAACAGAUGCAGGAGCUUGGCCUGGCCAGGCAGGUGCCUGACAGCCUCUUCCGUUCGAUACUCAAGCGCUACCUUUCUGUGGCCACUGCUAGCAUGGCGCCCGUGGCUCCAGUUCUCCCACGAGUCCUGCCCAAGCAGGAACAGCCAGGCCUGGACUACUUCUAUCCCCAGCUGCAGCUGGGUGUGACAGAGCCUGUAGUGGUAACACAAGUGUGCCAUCCCCACCGCAUUCAUUGCCAACUCCGGAGCCUCUCUCAGGAGAUUCGCCGCCUCUCGGAGAGCAUGGCCCAGGUAUACUGGAGCUCCACAGGGACUGGGGAUGAAAACUCUACCAGUGCCACCUGGGAGGAGAAGGAAGAGAGUCCAGACAAGCCUGGCUCUCCCUGUGCAUCCUGUGGUUUGGAUGGACAGUGGUACAGGGCUCUCUUACUUGAGGCUUUUCGACCCCAACGCUGUGCCCAGGUGCUUCAUGUAGACUAUGGAAGGAAGGAAUUAGUGAGUUGUAGUAGCCUUCGCUACUUGCUGCCUGAAUAUUUUCGAAUGCCUGUGGUGACAUACCCUUGUGCUUUGUAUGGACUCUGGGAUGGUGGGAGAGGCUGGUCUCGGUCACAGGUUGGUGACCUGAAGGCACUAAUACUGGGUCAAUCAGUGAAUGCAAAGAUUGAAUUUUACUGUUCUUUUGAGCAUGUAUAUUAUGUUACCCUGUAUGGAGAAGAUGGAAUUAAUCUUAACUGUGUAUUUGGAGUACAGUCCUGUUGUUUGGCUGACCGUUUCCUUCAGAGCCCAGGAGUAGAGGAGGGAGAGGAAGAAGAACCAGAAACAGCUCUUCACUCUCAGUCUCCUGCUGAAGAAGUGGAUGAAGAGAUUUCACUUCCAGCCUUAAGAUCAAUCAGGUUAAAGAUAAAUGCCUUCUAUGAUGCCCAGGUAGAGUUUGUUAAAAAUCCUUCCGAGUUUUGGAUUAGGUUGAGGAAGCACAAUGGCACCUUCAGCAAACUGAUGAGAAGAAUGUGCAGUUUCUAUUCUUCUGCAAGUAAGCUGGAUGGUAUAGUUCUCAGGCCUGAACCUGAUGACCUUUGUUGUGUGAAGUGGAAAGAAAAUGGCUAUUUCCGGGCUGUUGUCACAAAAUUAGGUGAUAAGAGUGUGGAUGUGUUCUUAGUUGACCGAGGCAAUUCAGAAAAUGUGGACUGGUAUGAUGUGAGGAUGCUGCUUCCACAGUUUCGACGGCUACCAGUAUUGGCUCUGAGGUGCACCCUGGCCGACAUUUGGCCUUUGGGGAAGCUUUGGAGCCAGGACGCAAUUACCUUUUUUAAAAAGACUGUGCUCCACAAAGAAUUAGUUAUCCAUGUCCUUGAUAAACGGGAUAAUCAGUAUAUCAUUGAAAUUCUUGAUGAGUCAAGAACAGGAGAAGAGAACAUUAGUAAGGUAAUUGCUCAAGCUGGAUAUGCCAAGUAUCAAGAAUUUGAAACAAAGGAAGAUAAGAGUGCUCACUCUCCUGGGCAGGUUUCAAAUCAUUUUACCAAAGAGAAUAAUAAAAUGGCGUCUGCCAAGAAGGUGGAAGUAGAACAGAGUGCCCAGAAAGAUACUAAAGCUACUUCUUUUUCAGAAGCUUUGACUGACACAACAGUUGUCACAAGUGUUUCUACUGGACUAGUUAUACAGGACAAAGAGAGCAAAGUAUUUCUCUAUUCUCCUCUCUUACAGCAUUUCUUAGAGGUUAAGCCAGAUUCUUGUAAAGAAGAACUAGAAGUUGGAAGUACAGUAGAAGUCAAAGUGUCUUUUGUUGAAAAUCCUGGCUAUUUCUGGUGCCAACUGACCAGAAACAUUCAAGGGUUUAAAACUCUCAUGUAUAAUAUUCAGGACUACUGUGAGAGUACACCUACUCCUUAUGACAGAACCACUCCUGCCUGUCUGGCAAAACGAACAGCAAGUGGAAAAUGGUCCAGAGCUCUGGUUAGUGGAACACAGUCAUUGGAACAUGUCAAAGUAAUAUUUGUAGAUUAUGGAGAUGAAGAAAUGGUUUCUGUGAAAAAUACGUACUCAGUUAGUGAAGAGUUCCUGAAGGUGAAGGCUCAGGCUUUUAGGUGUAGUCUUUAUAAUUUAAUUCAACCAACUGGUGAAGAUCCUUUUGUUUGGGAUGAAAUGGCAAUACAAGCUUUUAGUGAAUUUGUAGAUAAUGCUGGGGCAAACAAUCUAGAAUUAAAAUGCACAAUCUUUGCUUUAGCGUCAGUACAUGAUGAAGAAAUGUUUGCUGUUGUGGAUUUGCUAACACCCUUUCAGAGUGCGUGCCAUUUUUUGGUGGAAAAGAGAUUUGCUAGACUAGUACAACUUCAGAAACCUCUGGAGUCCUCUGUUCAGUUACAUUCCUACUACUAUUGUACACAUGAUAUGAAAAUUGGAAGUGAGGAAUCAGUGUAUAUAACACAUGUUAAUGACCCCUGGACAUUUUAUUGCCAGCUGGGAAGAAAUGCACAUAUUUUAGACCAGUUGUCUCGUAACAUUACACAGUUAAGUAAAGUUUUGCUUAAUUUGAAGACACCUUCCUUGGUUCCUGGGCCUUUGUGCCUUGCCAGGUAUACUGAUGGAAACUGGUACAGAGGGAUAAUAAUAGAGAAAGAAUCAAAUAAAGUCUUCUUUGUUGAUUUUGGGAACACUUAUGUAGUGAAAAAUGAGGAUCUCCUUCCAAUCCCUAGUGAUGCAUAUGAUGUUUUACUUUUGCCUAUGCAAGGUGUUAAAUGUUCAUUAUCUGACAUUCCUGAUCAUAUACCAGAAGAAGUUACAACUUGGUUUCAGGAAACUGUUUUAGAUAAGUCAUUGAAGGCUUUGGUUGUAGCAAAAGAUCCAGAUGGAAGACUGAUUAUAGAACUAUAUGAUGGCAGUGCUCAAAUUAAUGCUAAUAUUAAUGAGAAGUUAGGGCCACUUGGUUACAAAGGUGGGACCAGAAGAAAAAAAAUUAAACCACUGCUGCCUACAACUGAAAUUCUUGAAAUUAAAAAGGAAAAUGUGAAGUCACCUACAGAGUAUUUAAGUAAAUCAAAAGAAAACAAAUCAUGUAGUGCAGAGACUGUGGGAGCAUCAUAUAGCCCUAAAAUCAGCUUAGCAUGUAAGGAACUCAAACUUUUACAGAGUUCAACGAAGACAAGCAUCACUACUCAAUGUCAGGACUCUGUGGGAAAUAAAAGUAAUCAAUUAUCUCUGCUAACAACAGAAAAAAAGGAAAGUUUUGCUGAAAUGUCUUUGAAAACCUCAAAUCUAGAAGCCACUGUCUCAGAGAUAAAAGCAGAAGAUUCAUAUAACAAAGAUCUGCCUUUAAAAUUUUCUGAUUUCCCUCAGAAAACUAUAGCCCCUGGCUUUAAAACAACUGUAUACAUUUCUCACAUAAAUGACCUCUUAGACUUUUAUGUUCAACUAAUAGAAGAUGAAGCUGAAAUUAAUAAUCUUUCAGAGAGAUUAAAUGACACUCGGUCAAAGCCUGAACAUUAUACAGGUCCACCAUUGCAAAAAGGUGAUAUAGUAUGUGCCGUUUUUCCAGAAGAUAAUUUAUGGUAUCGUGCUAUGGUUAAGGAACAACAAGUGAAUGAUCUUCUCUCUGUACAGUUUAUAGAUUAUGGUAAUGUUUCUGUGCUUAGUACUAACAAGAUAGGUAAACUUGACCAAAUUAAUGCACUGAUACCAGGACUGUGUAUUCACUGUUCCCUAAGAGGGGUUUGUGUUCCUGAGAUUUUAAACUCUAAGGAAAUUAUGCAUUACUUUUCCCGAAGGACAAAUGAGAUUCAAAUAAGAUGUGAAUUUGUUAAAUUUUUAGACAGAUGGGAGGUUAUUCUUGAAGAUGAACAUGGGAUCAUAGCAGAGGACAUGAUUAGCAGGUAUGCUUUCAGUGAAAAAGCUCAAAUGGAAAUUCCUACCCAAGUAACUCCAGGUGUUUGUUCAAAGUCUAUCAACAAAACAGACCUUGAUAUUUCAGCAUUUCUUAACUGGUAUAAUCCAGAAAUUAAGAUGAUAAGAGCUUAUGCCACUGUGAUAGAUGGACCUGAAUAUUUUUGGUGUCAGUUUGCUGAUACUGAGAAACUUCAGUCUUUAGAAGUCAAAGUACAGAUUGCUGGAGACCAAGUAGCAGAUUUGCGAAGUUGCCUCUUGUGUCCUCAUAUUGGAGAUCCAUGCAUAGUUAAAUAUAGAGAAGAUGGGCAUUAUUAUAGGGCACUUAUCACGAACAUCUGUGAAGAUGAUCUUGUAUCUGUCAGGCUUGUAGACUUCGGGAAUGUUGAAGACUGUGUGGACAAAAAAGCACUCUGGAACAUUCCUUCUGAACUUUUGGUGGUUCCUAUGCAAGCCUUCCCAUGUUGCCUCUCAGAGUUUAAUGUAUCAGAAGGCAUAUGCCCUCAAGAGGGAAAUGACUAUUUUUAUGAAAUUGUAACUGAAGAUGUGUUGGAAAUAACAAUAUUAGAGGUCAAAAGAGAUAUUUGUGGUAUCCCUUUAGCAGUGGUUGACUUAAAAAGUAAAGGUGAAAGCAUUAAUGAGAAAAUGAAGAAAUAUUCUAAGAUUGGUAAGAGUGAUCUGCUCUAUGAGAAAAGUAGCACAGAAAUAAAGGGAACUCUUGAUUCCCCCACUGCUGAUGUUGCACUGAAGAAGUUAAGUAGUAUAGCUGUACAGGAGAAAAUACCAUAUGUGGAACCAGAGACACAUGAUCCUUCUGAAUUUAUUAAAAGUGACUUAAACAUUAUUGAAACCAAACCAAGUCUAUUUUAUAACUCUGAUACUACCAACAUUUUCGAAGCUUUUCAAGAUGCAUGCACAGAUAAAAUUGGUACUGCGGUACUGGAAGGUAAAUUAGAGUGCCAGUUGGUUGACAAGACAAAGUUUGAUGAUAAAUAUCUAAUUACAGAAUUUAACACACUGUUGCCACAUGCUAGUGAAACAAAAGAGAUAAUAGAAUUAAAUUCACUGGAGGUGCCACUUUCUCCUGAUGAUGAAUCAAAGGAGUUCUUGGAACUAGAAUCUAUCGAGUUACAACAUUCUCUGGAUGGAGAUGAUGAGAAAGAAGAGCUAGGCUUGGUGCCACUUAUUGUGCCUCUUCCCCAAGGUUGUGACACAGAAGCGACUUUGCAGCCAUUUGCAGUACAGCUUCCCCUAAGUUGUGAAGAUGAAAAACAGCCAGAAAUAGAAUCUCCUACAUCCCACUUGUGUCUCGAUGACAAAAUAAGCCCUUUGUCUUUAAGAAUUGGUCAGGAAGUCCAAGAACCCGUAUGUGUUGAGGACACAAGAAAGUCUUGUGUGGAAUGUUCUGAUGAUCAGCAGAGGUUACCAACCCAACUCUAUGGAAAGAAUUGUGAUCCCAAAAAACAGAAAGAUAUGAGUAUAUAUAAAGAAGAAUUUAUAGAAUAUAAAAUCAGAGAUGCAGUUUCACCGCUCACUGCUUUGUUCACUGAAGAAGAAUCUAAAGAUGGACAGAAACCCAACAGUGCCUUACCGGGUCAUGUCUCAGCUCAACCAGAGAAUACCUACACCCUAAAGGGAUUUACUAUUGGAUCCAAAUGUGUUGUGUGGUCAAGUCUAAGAAAUACAUGGUCUAAAUGUGAGAUUUUGGAAGUAGCUGAAGAAGGCACAAAGGUUUUGCACCUCUCAGAUGGGACAGAAGAGGUAGUGAAUCCUGAGAAUGUCUGGAAUGGCAUACCCAAAUUGGAUAAGAGCUCAUCUGAGGCUAUACUCCAAACAGUGGGAAAGGAUCUUUCCUUCACAUCACCUGAUGAUACUACAUUCAAAGUUUCAGAAAAGGGAUCUGGAGGCAAUAUAGAUUUAACUAUGGAUUCAUAGAUGUCACCAGUCAGAAGCUGCUCCUAAACUAGUAGUAACUUACGUGGACCAGCGGAGUAAUUGCGAGGACAUAAGUCCAAGAAGUUGUCAUUUUUAAAAACCAGUAUGUGUGCAAAACAAAAAGAUCUCAGGUUGACUUUGCAGUGUUAUUUAUAGCGGUAUUGCUAUAUUGACAUAUCUGGGCUCCCCUCCCCCUUAAACAGAUUGCUAAUCACUUGGGAGGAUUUAUUUUGCUAAACAAACUGCUAAUGUUUAUAUUUCAAAAAACUAUUUUGGUUCAUUUUGAAUAUAGUGCUUAAAUAGAAAAUUAUAGGUUUAUGACAAGUAUAUUAUAUGUUGCUGCUUGGAGGAUCGCUUUAGUCGCAGUAACUUCAGAUUUUUUUCCUUUCAUUUCUGAAGCUUUCUUUGUCUUCUUUGUCUAGUUAAACAUUUGACUAACAUUCUGUUUGAGUUUGGAAAUAUUACAACAAGAUUUGAAUAAAGUUUGUCUUUAAAGCCAU